UUUUCGUGUCAUAAUUAAAAUCGUAAUUGAAAAUCUGUGUUUUUAAAUAACGUUCGAUUUUCGAAAUCGUUAUCAGAUUAUGAAGUGGUUAGCGUGUAAGGUUUAAAGGUAUUCUGCAUUUAAUUAUAAUAAAUGCUAAAUCCUGCCCCGGAUCUAUCCGUUUCUUUUUAUAAAUUAUAAGUGAAAUCGACGUUAUAAAGAACCCAGUGCAGAUUAAAAAUAUAAGUGUCAAUUCGAGUGUCAAGUAGAAUAUGCUUGUCACAGAUUAAAGAUAACUAAACAGAUGUAAAAGCGAAUUUAAAAAUUAAUAAUGGCUACGCCACCGGAGUCACCGGUUGAAGAGCAUGCUUAUGAAUUGGAGCCGAACCGGACGCCGAAACCGAUUCCUGUUGCUUUGGAAGAAUUAUGCAGACAGACCAAGUUUACGAAACAGGAGAUUAGAGUCAUGUAUCGAGGUUUCAAAACGGAAUGUCCCGAAGGCGUUGUCCAUGAAGAUUCCUUUAAAGAUAUAUACGCGAAAUUCUUCCCGCAUGGUAACUCGGCGUUAUACGCGCACUAUGUGUUCAAAGCCUUUGACGUCAAUUGCAGCGGCGCUAUCAGCUUCAGGGAAUUACUCGUGACCCUGUCAACACUUCUCCGUGGUUCCGUAUACGAGCGUCUUCGUUGGGCCUUCCGUCUGUAUGAUGUUGAUGGUGAUGGUGCUAUUACCAGACAGGAGCUUGGUGAAGUAGUUGUGGCUGUUCACGAAUUGCUAGGGAGACGAGCACCACCGGGGUCACCUGCUGCAAGGAUAGAUGAUGCGAAAGCAAAUGAACAGGUGGACCGAGUGUUCAGGAAGUUGGAUCUGAACCAGGACGGUGUUAUAACGAUCGAGGAGUUUCUGGAGUCGUGUUUAAAGGAUGAAGUGAUCACACGGUCUCUUCAGAUGUUCGACACGGUGCUAUGACGGCAGACUGACGCGGCGCAAGUGCGCGAUACCAGGAUCGAAAUAAAACGAACGACAUACCACCACUGUCAGUGUCACGGGCUCUACAACAUGGCGGCGGCGUGGGUUUACCGCGCAAACUACGCGCGUUACGUCGCCGCCCUCGAGAACUUCUACCGCCGCGUCCUGAAGCCGAGGAUCAGGAGCGUUCUGUUUUUCCAUUUCUAGAUUAUUAGUGUUCAGCCUGAUUGAAAAUAAAAAAAAAUCGUUGAAAGUAACCUAUAAUGAAUACAGACUAUAAUAAUGACACAGGUCUACUUAAAAAACUAUAUAAUAUAAUAUUUUUAGGAUUUAAGCUUCGGUCAUAUCUGCGUUGACUAACUUUACAUGUAUAACAAAACAUGAUAUGACUAAACACUGAAUUGCUUAGUGAUCAAAAUUAAGCACCGUGGAUGUUUUAUCACUACGAGAACGUUACUUUGAUUUUUUUUUCUAUUUUCAAUGAGGCUUUUAUAUUAAAUAUUAUGGGAUGUCUUGUCUCAAUUUAAACUAUUUUAGUAAAAAUUAGAUAGAGUCAAGUACAGAAGCAGUUUUGUUUUACAAAAAAAAAAAUACAAUAAAAUUAAAAGUUGUAACUCGAAUUGA